ACUGUGGGGGAGAAGUAAGGGAUUUCUCUCUGGGCUGCAGUUCGACAGCGUGAACACUCCAGAGGUGCUUGGCUCCUCACAGUCAAUCUGUUUCAGCACAGUGCGAAGCUCGAGGUGUUUGGGUCAUGACAGCCCUGAUGUUGUAGCUUUCCAAAGUUUCUUUCAACGACAAAUAUCACCCACUCAACAGUGUUUCGGGAGGUCUCCUCCUUCUCCUUCCACAAGGAUCUAAUGCUGGGAGUUGUGUGGGAAGCCCCAAGGACUUAAGAACUGCAAUAAGAGGGAAGCCAGAAAGGAAUUCAAAAGGAAAAUACCACAGAUCUCAUACACAAUACCAGCAGACAUCAGUGUGUGAUUGGAAAAAAAAUCAAGUGGAUUGUGAGGAAAGAAAACUUUCACAAGGGAACAGAAGCCCAAGGUUGCAGCUUGAAAGAAGAGAUAAGUGAAGAGAACUACCAGGAUAUUGGUGUGUUGCAUUUUGUGACUGAAUUUCGGUGACUGUGGGAGACGUGCUGUAGGUUCCUAUUGAACUGAUGUGAUGGAAAACUGAGAGUCAGGACUAGAAAAGACUAUUUUGAUCUUGCACUCUAGCACCAGAAAUGACCACCAAAAUAGACAGCUCACUUACCAUAUGAAGGACAUGAAUGACUGGUGAGCAAGACUUACUGUGGAACUGGCACAGACAGAAGUGCAUUGGCUGAACAUUUUUAAGUUCAAGAUGGGGAAGCAAAACAGCAAGCUACGGCCUGAGGUGAUGCAGGAUUUGCUGGACAGCACAGACUUCACUGAGCAUGAGAUCCAAGAGUGGUACAAGGGCUUCCUCAGGGAUUGUCCCAGUGGGAAUUUAUCAAUGGAAGAAUUCAAGAAAAUUUACGGGAACUUCUUUCCUUAUGGAGACGCUUCCAAAUUUGCUGAACAUGUUUUUCGCACUUUUGAUGCUAAUGGAGAUGGGACAAUAGAUUUCCGAGAAUUUAUCAUUGCACUAAGUGUUACAUCAAGAGGCAAACUGGAGCAGAAACUAAAGUGGGCUUUCAGCAUGUAUGAUCUCGAUGGAAACGGAUACAUCAGCAAGUCAGAAAUGUUAGAGAUUGUUCAGGCAAUCUAUAAAAUGGUUUCUUCUGUGAUGAAGAUGCCAGAAGAUGAGUCAACACCUGAGAAAAGGACAGAAAAAAUAUUCAGACAGAUGGAUACCAACCGAGAUGGAAAGCUGUCCCUUGAGGAGUUCAUCCGAGGUGCCAAAAGUGAUCCUUCUAUCGUCCGUCUCCUUCAGUGCGAUCCCAGCACUGCUGGGCAAUUCUAAUUCCAAAAUGAAGAAUAUGACAUUUAGUGUGACUGUGUUUCUGCUUCCUGCAAUUACAUCACCAGUGGCUUGGCCACUUGUUUGUGGCUGAACAUGCCAUCUUUUAACCCUGUUUGCUUUUUAAUUCUGAAUUUGUAAAUGGCUGUU